UCGGCGGGGGUCGCACCUGUUGCGUGUCAUCCCCGCGAUCCAGCCGCGGCGAGCCGACCCCGAGCGCCCAGGGAGUGUGGAGCGAAGCCCAGGAGCGUUCUGGGUCCCACUUUACAGGGAGCACGUGGCCCGCCCGCCUCUCGAGUGCGGGGCUGGGGGUCUUCCGGGCCGGUGCGGCGGCCAAGGUCAGCGGGGGUCCGCAUCCUGCCAGCCGGCAAUUUUGAAAGACCUGCCUUACUUCCCCCAUCUGUGUGCCAGGGCAGGGGCAGUUGGAACGACUCGGCCGGGGUCUAGGUUCCAGCCCUCAUCCCCUCCCUCGCGACCCGGGCUUCCCAGCUGUGCCGAUCCCCUUCAGGGCUCGGGCAGCAUGGCCUCAGGCCUUGUGGCUAAGUAAAGACCACCCCCAUCUUGGUGACCAGGUCCAGUCAGUGCCCCCCUGCCCCAGCAGCUGUCUGUGCCGAUAGCCGCGGUCACCCGCCUCCUGUGUUGUCUUACGACACUGAAGAUGCUGGCCUGGCCUGUACUGUCCCGAGGGUUCGUGUUCUCUGUGCUCAGCUCUGUGCCAUCCAGAGGGUGCCUCUCCUGGGGCUAGACCUGUCACUUGCUACUUGUGGAUCAAAGCCUUGUGCGCCUCUCUGCCUGCUGAGGCAGUCCUUGCGACGCUCGGGGUGGGCUGGGGGUCCCUCCACUGCAGUCCGCCCGAUCCCUGCCAGGCCCCGCCCCCGGCCUCAAGCACUUCCCGCUGGACCUGCGCACGUCUAUGGAUGGCAAAUGCAAGGAGAUUGCUGAGGAGCUGUUCAGCCGCUCCCUGGCCGAGAGCGAGCUCCGCAGCGCCCCGUAUGAGUUCCCCGAGGAGAGCCCCAUUGAGCAGCUGGAGGAGCGGAGGCAGCGCCUGGAGCGGCAGAUCAGCCAGGAUGUCAAGCUGGAGCCGGACAUCCUGCUUCGGGCCAAGCAAGAUUUCCUGAAGACGGACAGUGACUCGGACCUCCAGCUCUACAAGGAGCAGGGUGAGGGGCAGGGAGACCGGGGCCUGCGGGAGCGCGACGUGCUGGAGCGGGAAUUCCAGCGGGUCACCAUCUCCGGGGAGGAGAAGUGUGGGGUGCCAUUCACAGACCUGCUGGACGCUGCCAAGAGUGUGGUGCGGGCCCUCUUCAUCCGGGAGAAGUACAUGGCGCUGUCCCUGCAGAGCUUCUGCCCCACCACCCGCCGCUACCUGCAGCAGCUGGCCGAGAAGCCCCUGGAGACGCGGGCCUACGAGCUGGGCCCCGACACCCCUGUGUCCGCCGAUGCCCCGGUGCACCCCCCGGUGCUGGAGCAGCACCCCUACGAGCACUGUGAGCCUAGCGCCAUGCCUGGGGACCUGGGCUUGGGUCUGCGCAUGGUGCGCGGCGUGGUGCAUGUCUACACCCGCAGGGAGCCCGACGAGCAUUGCCCCGAGCUGGAGCUGCCAUACCCUGACCUGCAGGAGUUUGUGGCUGACGUCAAUGUGCUGAUGGCCCUGAUUAUCAAUGGCCCCAUAAAGUCAUUCUGCUACCGCCGGCUGCAGUACCUGAGCUCAAAGUUCCAGAUGCACGUGCUGCUCAACGAGAUGAAGGAGCUGGCCGCCCAGAAGAAGGUGCCGCACCGGGAUUUCUACAACAUCCGAAAGGUGGACACGCACAUCCACGCCUCAUCCUGCAUGAACCAGAAGCACCUCCUGCGCUUCAUCAAGCGGGCGAUGAAGCGGCACCUGGAGGAGAUCGUGCACGUGGAGCAGGGCCGCGAGCAGACGCUGCGUGAGGUCUUCCAGAGCAUGAACCUCACCGCCUACGACCUGAGUGUGGACACACUCGACGUGCACGCGGACAGGAACACCUUCCAUCGCUUUGACAAGUUCAACGCCAAAUACAACCCUAUCGGGGAGUCUGUCCUCAGAGAGAUCUUCAUCAAGACGGACAACAGGGUUUCUGGGAAGUACUUUGCUCACAUCAUCAAGGAGGUGAUGUCGGACCUGGAGGAGAGCAAGUACCAGAACGCAGAGCUGCGGCUCUCCAUCUACGGGCGCUCGAGGGACGAGUGGGACAAGCUGGCACGCUGGGCUGUCACGCACCGCGUACACUCCCCCAACGUGCGCUGGCUCGUGCAGGUGCCUCGUCUCUUUGACGUGUACCGUACCAAGGGCCAGCUGGCCAACUUUCAGGAGAUGCUGGAGAAUAUCUUCCUGCCGCUGUUCGAGGCCACUGUGCACCCUGCCAGUCACCCGGAGCUGCACCUCUUCCUGGAGCAUGUGGAUGGCUUUGACAGUGUGGAUGAUGAGUCCAAGCCCGAGAACCACGUCUUCAACCUGGAGAGCCCCCUUCCAGAGGCUUGGGUGGAGGAGGACAACCCCCCCUACGCCUACUACCUAUACUACACCUUUGCCAACAUGGCCGUACUGAACCACCUGCGCAGGCAGAGGGGCUUCCACACGUUUGUACUGCGGCCGCACUGCGGGGAGGCCGGGCCCGUCCACCACCUGGUGUCGGCCUUCAUGCUGGCCGAGAACAUCUCGCACGGGCUGCUGCUGCGCAAGGCCCCAGUCCUGCAGUACCUGUAUUACCUGGCCCAGAUUGGCAUCGCCAUGUCCCCGCUCAGCAACAAUAGCCUCUUCCUCAGCUACCACCGCAACCCGCUGCCUGAGUACCUGUCCCGCGGCCUCAUGGUCUCGCUUUCCACCGACGACCCCCUGCAGUUCCACUUCACCAAGGAGCCGCUGAUGGAAGAAUACAGCAUCGCCACCCAGGUGUGGAAGCUCAGCUCCUGUGACAUGUGCGAGCUGGCCCGCAACAGUGUGCUCAUGAGCGGCUUCUCCCACAAGGUGAAGAGCCACUGGCUGGGACCUAACUACACCAAAGAGGGCCCCGAGGGCAAUGACAUCCGUCGCACCAAUGUGCCCGACAUCCGCGUGGGCUACCGCCACGAGACCCUGUGCCAGGAGCUGGCCCUCAUCACGCAGGCCGUCCAGAGCGAGACGCUGGAGACGAUCCCGGAGGAGCCCGGCGCCGCCGUGAGCCCGGGGCCCCAGUGAGCCCGGCCCCCGCGGCGCCCCCGCCCCCAGCUCCUCCAUCGCUCGCGUUUUGUCCUUGGACCCUCCUGCCCCAUGUGGUCUCUGCAUGUGUUGUUCUCCUUUGUCUGUCCUGCAUGUCUCACCCCCAUCUGUCUCUGUGCCUCCCCAGGGAGAGCCGGGCCCAGGGUGUGCCCCACCCUUUCUUGGCUCAGGUGGCACCCGGUGGCCUGAGUUUGAGCGCCGCCCUGUUGGUGGCCCUGUCCCAAGAGCUUCUGAAACCUGGCUAGGGUGGUUGUGAGGGGCUGGCCCCUCCAGCCUGUGGAGUCGUGCCCAGGCAAGUCUGAGCUCCAGCCAUGGCUUGAGUUUGAGCCCCCGUCUCGUUGACGCAGCCGAGGGACUGUCGGAGGGGGGCCUGUGUCCACCCGCUGAGGGCCCGGGGCUGUGAGGGCAGGGGGCGGGCUGAGAGCGGGUGUAGCGCUGGCGCCCUGGACUUGGGCCUCGGAGGUGCUGGGCUGCCGCCUCUGCCGGGUCCCUGCCCGGCAGCCCUCGCUGUCCUUCCUCCUGUCCGCGUGCCCUGGGGCCCGCGUCCUGUGCCUCUGUGGGAGGGGGCAGCCGCCCUGCGCCGCCGCCCCUGCGCCACGUCCGGGGCACUGCAGCUGGAGGGUCCCGAAUCUGCCACCAGCCCUCAGGGUGGUGUCCCCAGCGUGGUCCCUAGAGUUUUAACCAGACCUGGAUCCCAGCAGGUCCACUGUGUUGUUUUCCGGACCGAGGCCUUUGCUGUGAAAUGCAGUGUUUCAUACAAUCCCACCUUUCCUAGUGCAUGAGAAAUAAAGAUUAUUUAAGUAAUGAGGCAGGCGGGGUCUCUGUUGGGAGAGGGGGAGCCGGGGUGGGGGCGCUGAGGCUGAGGCCUGGAGCUUCUUGGGUGCGGGGGACAGCGGAUUCUGAGGGGAGCCCCUGGGCUUGGCUGAUGCGGGCUUGUGCACGUGGAAGCGGCGGGAGAGGGGAGAGGCCCACCGGCGGCCCGCCUCCUGGCCCGGGGCCCUCACCCAGCCUGCUCCCUCUGAAGGGGACACAUGCCCUCGACAGGGACCGCCCUGCCUGCACUUACAGGCAGACCUGGGCCCAUGGUUGUCACACUCUGUGGAUGUCACCAGCUUCUGGGAGCUUGUUUAAAAUGCCCUCAGACUCCGAUUCAGUGAGGGGACGGUGUGGUGCAGGGAUCCAACCAACUUGGCUUCCGUCCCAUGGUUAGUACACGGUUUCUGGCUCACCUCCAAGGAGGGAAGUGGAGAGCGUCCUGGGUCCCGGCUGGCACCGAGAAGCCUGCGGCCGCUGCGGCGUGUGCGGUGAAUGCCAGGCUGGCUGCUGUAGAAGCGACUGGCCCUAGAACAGCCUGAGCCUAAGUAAUUGAGGGCCUGCUGAGGGAGCCGGCCCCUUUGUCCUGUCAGCUUGCUCGGCCAGCCUGCUGGGUCCCUGCGCUAGCUCCUGCUGUGACACUCGCUCUGUGUGCCCCCCCAGCCCCCCGUGGAAGCUCUCCGGAUGCUCCUGCUUCCUGAGGGCUCCCAGAGGGUCAGGCUUGCUUCUGGCCAAGACCCAGCGUCCUUCAGUCUGCAGAAGGCUCCUCUUGCCGAUUUCUUGUAGCCAUUUACGUAUCAGAACGGAGUGUUAGGGCUGGAUGAGGAGCUGGAGACUGUACAGCGCUGGCUGGUUUCUGUUGGGGACACAGGAGGCGCACGCACAUGGCGCAUGGCCGGGGAGCUCAGCACCCAGGGCUCCUCCGUCUGAAGGGCACACUUUUCUAAGGUGCAGGGAACUCACUUUUCAAGGAGGUCUCUGCCCAUAACAAUAAAAACGUGCUGUGUCUCCUCUUCAUUUGUACAAUGAAGAGGAUUAGAGGAUCUUUCUAGAAGGCGGCAAGAACUGCCUGCCUCCCAUGCCAGCACUUAGGACCACAAGGACCCCUGUAUUCACUCAUUGAGUUUGUCGUGGCAUGGAAAGCUUCGUGCCACGUCCUCGUCCUCGUCAUCUGUGCGGUCUUCCCAGUGUGGGCUGAGACCCGCCCUAGGAACACUACUGAUUUAAAGAGUUUCUUUGCAAACUCCUUGCUUUAAAAAAAAAAAAAAAAAAAAUUCUGGAUUUUUUUGGUUCUCUGAAAUUUCUCCUUCAGACGUUUAUGAGAGGAAGUAAUUUUAAAACAGUAUGGCCUUAAUAUUUUUUCUUAUCUGAAAAAGAGUAAUUUUCAUUGCAGAAAUUUGGAAAAUAGUAACAAAACUUGGAACAAGCCAAAAACUCUGCUCAUCGAGCAAUAUUAACAAAUAUUUGCUGAUCAUCUGCAUGCUUGAGAUACAUGUUUUAAAAUAUAUUUAUAACCCUGGUCAGUGUGGCUUGGUUGGGUGUCGUCCCUUAACUGAAAGGUUGUGGGUUCGAUUCCCGGUCUGAGCCGCCCACACGCGGUGAGUGUGAUCCUGGUGUGGACGCAUACAGGAGGUGACCAAUUGGUGCUUCUCUCGCAUUGGUGUUUCUCACCCUUCCUCUCUAAAAAGCGAUGAAAAAUGCCCUUGGGAGAGGGUAAAAACAUACAUAUAUAUUUCUUUCAGUUCUUUUUUCUUUAAAUCCUCACCGAAGGACACUCCUUCAUUGCUUUUAGAGUGAGGAAGAGAAGGAGAGAGAACCCUCAAGUGGUUGCCUUCAUGUACGUGGGGGAUCGAACCCGCAACCUGGCUAUGUGUCCUGACGGGGACUUGAACCACCCGCAGACUGUCCGCCAAUGGGAUGAUGCUCCAACCAACUGAGCCACCCUGGCCAGGGCUAUGUUUCUUUCAGCUCUUUUUUUAAAAAGGCAUUUUUGAGUUGAGAUAUAUGUAUAAUUUUGUGGUGGUAAAAUAUUUUAACAUCUUUCCAUAUGUCAUUGCAAUAGUGUUUAUAAAUAUGACUCUUACCUGCGGCUCACUGUCCCAUGGUGGGCCUCACCGUGACCUGCACCCACAGCCCUUUUUGGUUGAGAGCAACUACGGCCCUAAUGUGACUGACAGUGUUCGCUCCGGAGCCACUCUGCUUGGUGGCUGUGUGACCUUGCGCAAGUUACCUCCCCUCUCUGUGCCUCCAGGGGGCUGGUGAGGAUCCAAGUGCCCCAGCUUCUGUGGGGGGCGGCAGAGCUGCAGCCAAGGCCUGGGAAAUGAAGCCCUGAAAGGAAAACUCUGGGGGCCGCAAAAUAGGAAAAGGACAACAUCACGCUGGAUAAGUGUUUAAAUGCCUUCUGAAAGCUGCAUGCCUUCUGUAAUAUUUGUCAAGUUGAGAAUCCACAGAAAUGUCACAUGGGAAAACAAUUUGUAAAUUGGGUUUUUGGCCAGAGCUCCAGAGUACGCAGGAUGAUUGAAGAGAAAUCAUAAGACAAAAAAAUGAAAAAUUAAAAAAGCGAGAGAGAAACAAGAAAUCGUAGCCCACAGUAAAUUAAAUGAGUUAUUCAUCGUGCAAAUUCAUAAAAGCCCUUUUCUGUUGAGAGCCAAGAAGAGUUAUAUUUAAUGAGGGAAUGUGGGUACAUUUUAACUUUUGUUCCAAGGGGGCGGGACCUCGGAGAAUCCCAGGCAGGUCUGUGAAGGGCUGACACGGGCUGUCCUCAGCUCUCGGGGCCGGGGCCGGGGCCGGGGCCAGCUCAGCCUGCGGUCCAGCCUGCCCCCGGCACACCCCCUGCCUCCCUAACCAGGCUGGACAGCUUCAGAGUGUCUAGUAUUCAGACAUCUGUGCACUGACUGUGUGGCUGGAGGGUCUGGCUCCAUUUAGCAGAUAAACACCUGGAUCUGAAACCUGAGCGUUUCAUUUAUUAUUGGGGUGAGCCCCCCUGCUCUGCCAUCGCAGGUUUGGGGUGCUGUGCAAAGGAGAGAGAGUACAACCUGUCCCCAGUCUUGCACAUAGAGCCAGGAGUCAAAGCCACAUCUCUUUGACCCCAAAUUCCAAGCGCAAGCGGAGGCGAGCGUCUCUGGAGGACCGGCGAACUCCGGGAUCCUGAGAGGCCGCGCUGCCUGGGAGAUCCGAAUUCCUCAUCACUGAGGCAUGGCGACCUCCGGCCGCUGAGGUGACAGAUCUUGUCAAGGGGAAGAGGAGCACUUGGGACAGUCCCCACAGCAGGCUGCCUGGGUCAGCCCUUUGAGUGACCCGUCUCGACUAGCCGCCUGCAUUUUCUUUCUGUAGGGACGGCAGGACCAUCCUGUGUUUGGCACUGCCCACCCGCUG